AUCUUUCUCUUUGUCGCGGUAGGAGUCAGUUCGUUUUCUGUGAGCUCCAGUGAGGAUUACUUUCAAACUUUGCCAUCAUGCCUGGAACCAAGGACGACGAAGUAGCUGUUGAGACCCCCGAGACCACCACAGAGCCUAUUGUGGCAAAGACAGUGGAGGAUGUGAAAGCCAAAACAGACGGAGAGGCCGAGGUUGAAGAAAAACCAGCAGAAAAGGAAUCCACCGAGGAGAAGACGGAAGAAGAAGAAGAAGAGAACACAAAUGAAAACGCCAACAGCACAGAAAAAACAGAGGAAACCACAGAAACAGAAUCGGCAGCAGAAAAACGAUCCGCAGAAGAUGAGGAGGCAGAGGAGGAAGAUGAGAGUCCAAAGAAAAAGGCAAAGACAGAUUCGAAAGAAACAGAAUCAUCAAAUGGCACAGCAGAGACCACCAAAGAAUCUGCUUAACUUCACCUUUGCUUAUAUGAACUGUUUGUAAAAAAAACCAUCACACUGGUAUCAUGUCCUUCUGGAGCUACUUGAGAUGUAAUUUAUGAGUCAGAUUGUACUCUUCAUCAUGGUUCUCAUCAUCAUCGUUUCUAUUUUUUUUAUGUAAUAAAGUGUUUGUGUAAUGUUA